AUGACAAUAGCUGUUUGCAGUAUAUCGAUCAUCCUCGUCAUCAUUGGACAGAUAUCGGCCACAACUACGAACACCCCGAUACUCUCUCCUCAAUGCUAUAACUAUACUUUGAUCAAUGAUCCUACAAGAAGUAUCUACGUGGUUAAGAAUGGAUCCGCCGUCUGUGAUACAAACACUUUCAGUUCCGCUGCGGUGUGGGUGCGCUUUGUCGGUUCAGGUGGCUCAAAAAUUCCAACGAGUGCAAUUGCAGACUAUCGAUGUAACACUGAUGCACCUGGAUGGUAUUCUGGAAAUAUGCCGAUUGCUGUGAAUGCAACCACAAAUGGAUCUGCAUGUUUUGCAUAUAGCGGCAGCAAUUGCUCUUGGAGUACUACUAUCUCCGUGACUAACUGUGGAUCGUACUAUGUAUAUGAGUUGGUUGCACCUCCAGCUUGUAGUUUACGUUACUGUACUGAUGAGCCAAGUAACUGGACAGCACCUACAACUCCAGUUCCAACGUCAAAUACACCGAUACUCUCUCCUCAAUGCUAUAACUAUACUUUGAUCAAUGAUCCUACAAGAAGUAUCUACGUGGUUAAGAAUGGAUCCGCCGUCUGUGAUACAAACACUUUCAGUUCCGCUGCGGUGUGGGUGCGCUUUGUCGGUUCAGGUGGCUCAAAAAUUCCAACGAGUGCAAUUGCAGACUAUCGAUGUAACACUGAUGCACCUGGUUGGUAUUCUGGAAAUAUGCCGAUUGCUGUGAAUGCAACCACAAAUGGAUCUGCAUGUUUUGCAUAUAGCGGCAGCAAUUGCUCUUGGAGUACUACUAUCUCCGUGACUAACUGUGGAUCGUACUAUGUAUAUGAGUUGGUUGCACCUCCAGCUUGUAGUUUACGUUACUGUACUGAUGAACCAACUAAUUGGACUGAACCUACAACAAUAAUGUCGACGGAAGGAGAUACGACUUCAACCGAAAUUUCCACUACAGUUGAUAAAUCUACGGCAUAUGUCCAGACAACUGCUAAUAUACCUACUACAAACGUGGCAACUUCCGUCGCUCCAUCAAAUACACAAGUUCAAACAACACGUUCGAAUCCAUCGACCUCAUCUCAAACAUGUUUUUCUCCGAAAUUAACGCUUAUUCCUGGUUCAUCGACUUUAGCAUCACCACUUCAAUAUCGUCGAAGUCAAGAUUUUUACAUCAUGUCAAUAAUCGAAUUGAACUGUAACGAUUCAUUGUCCACAAUUAAAAAAUGGACGAUCAAGAACUGUAGUUCGACUUGUUCAUACCAACUCUCGUUAGAUCAAACCAUUCAAACCACAUUCACUGAAUUACAUAUUCCAGCACGAACAUUACCUUUUGGACUCUAUCAACUACAAUUCACUGUCACCAUGGCGAAUUACACAAAUCUCACAACGUCAUCUUCAGUUUACGUUCAAGUUACCUCAUCCGGUAUAGAAGCAAACCUUGUUCAAUUGGGAACAUCGAUGAUCACAAUCGGAUACGAACAAGAUCUGAAAUUUGAUCCUGGAACAUUUUCCGUUGAUCCUGAUGAGUACACAUUUAAUGAAAGCAAUUGGAAAUACGAAUAUUUCUGUCGUAUUUACGGUUUAUACAUGUUUCCGAAUGUCAAGGGUUCAUUGAUACCAAUCGAUGGCAAUGCAACCGAUCCGUCGAAUCCAUCAUGUUUCGGAAAUCAAACAAGAAACGAAACUAAAUUUAUAUAUGGUGGCACGGGCCUUUCACUAAAAUCUUCAUUGACUAUUCGUGCUAAUUCACUGCAAUCGAACCGCACAUAUCAAUUUAUGGUUACUAUGACAAAUCAACAAAAUGCUUCAACGCAAGCAACUGGUUAUGUUCUUGUAAAAGUAGAAGAUACAUCGUCACAGAUGAUUGCCAUCGGUUGUGUGAUUUCGACAAUGUGUGUUCCGAACAUAGAAUUUCAAUUGGUCAAUCCAACUACGCAAGUGGCUCUUUUUUCUUUCUGCGCUGAUAAUUGUCAAAAUACGGAGAUUAUCACAUGGAAUGUUUAUCAAGGUUCAGUAAAUAUCUCGUCAAACGUGACACAAUGGGUUUUGUUUAAUCAGAUGAGCGCAUAUGAGAAUAUUUGGUUUUUCGGACGAAAUACGAGUAAUUUCACAGCAGUGAAUAAUCUAUUUCUCAACAAUCGUCAAAUAAGUCUUUGGAGAUUUGAAGUCAAUUAUACAGUUGCAUCAGAAGCAAGUUUAAGCUCAUUAAAUUUUGUUAUCAACCAACCGCCAAUGAAUGGCUCGUGUUCUGUCAGUCCGCACAAUGGUACAACGAGCACUUCAUUCAGUAUUUCAUGUUCCAAUUGGUUUGAUGAAGAUGGAAUCAUCGAUUACUCAGUCUACGGCUGGACUGAUGAUUCAACCCAAGAAACGAUGAUCGCAUUUUCAUCCAUAUCAAUAUUUCAAGUUCUACUACCGAUCGGGGACGAUCAAACCUCGACACUUCAUCUGACUGUGUACAUUCGAGAUUCACUUGAUUGUGUUACACAAUACAAUCUGUCCUCAGUGACUGUUCUCUCAGAUUUAACUGAAAUUAAUGAUUUAGUGAAUAGUAUUCAAAGUUCAUCGGAUAAUUCGGCGAAUAGUCCACUUCUGCAAUUACUUGCAAGUGGAAAUCCAAAUACCGUCGGACAAAUUCUCAGUUCCGUCUCACAACAGUUCAAUAAAAUCAAUAACGAAAGUGUGAAUAAAGCUGUUUUAAGCGGUAUCCCAGCUGCGAGUAUUUCCGUUUCUCCAUUGGGUAGCGAACCUUCAACAACGAACUCAGUACCAUUGAAUCAAACAGCACUAAAUGAAUUCAAUAAACAAACGAAUUCCUACGCGAGUACUCGAGAGUAUCUCAUUCAAUAUACGACAAAUCUCGACACUUCAACAGCAAACAACAUCAAAUUACAAGCAUCUUCAUUGGUUCAAUUAACUCAAGCAACGAAUCAAUUAACGCGAACGACUAUAACGAUCGCAUCGGAUAAAUGUUAUCAACUAGCCCUAGCUCUGAAAUCACUGGCAACUCAGAUCUCAUAUGAAGAUGUUCAAGCAGCGGCUAAUCAAAUUGUUCAGUGUGCAUCAAACAUUCAAAAUGCGGCCAAUGGACCAUUGCAACAACGAACGAAUGUGUUAGAUUUAGAUUCGUCGCGUGCAACUCAGUUUCCAGCGGAUUAUGACACGGAUUUGGAAUCUGAUUGGGCAAAUCCGAACUUAUUCUCUGAUGGAACUGAUUUUUCGUGGGAAGCGAUUCAGAAAGGUCGAAAUACUUAUUAUCAGAAUCAACUAGCCAACGAAAUCACCGAACAAGUUCAGAAGAUUCUUUCGGCGAUCACUUCGACGAUCAACAUUCAUCUAAACAUCGGUCAAAACUUACAAAUCAAUACGCCCUCUGCAUUUAUGACAUUAGAAACUGCAUCACUAAGAGCUCUUUCAAAUAAACAAGUUCAACAAGUUGCAAACGCGAAAAUCAAUCUCCCGGCGAACAUUCAAUCGAAUGUCACCGACAAUUCAACAGUUUCACUUCGAUCAAUGCUAGAACCACUUGCAUCCUUUGGUAAUGCAAAAACCCAGACAACAAACACAAAUCUGUCGAGAUCAGUGUCACUUUCUGUUCUCGAUCAAUAUGGAAACAAAGUNAAAUCAAUCUCCCGGCAAACAUUCAAUCGAAUGUUACCGACAAUUCAACUGUUUCACUUCGAGUAA